CUUCAUACAGGAGGUGCUCCAGCUCCCUGAUCAUCCUCGUGGCCUCCUUUGGUCUUGUUCCAACAGUUCCAUGUCCUUCUUACGUUGGGGAUACCAGAACUGCAGCAAACAGAAUUGUCAAUUCCAGAAGUCUGGUACUGAGACUGCUACUCCAGCUUCCUCAUUGCUGCUGAUGCCUGGGCCUUAUCCCAGCGCUACCUGAGUGGAGAGUAUCAUUCUGAGGACAGCUGUCUGCUUUGUGUUUGAGCACCUCCCACUAUAUAAAUACACUUUGAUUGGAAUUUACUACUUGCCAAUAUGUAUCAUUCUGUGUCUGAAACCAGUCACCCUUUGCAAACAGAGGAACAAGAAAUAGGCAUUGAUCCCUUGCAGAGUUAUUUGAACAAGCCAGAGGAAGGAGGAUCGAAUGAAAAUGGAAGCACACACCACACUUCAGAUUCUGAUGGAACAUUUAUUUCCUACAGCAAAGAAUGGGAAGAACUAUUUGUAAACAACAAUUACUUGGCAACUAUACGGCUGAAGGGGAUUAAUGGGCAGCUGAGAAGCAGCAGGUUCCGUAGUGUUUGCUGGAAGUUAUUUCUGGAGGUUCUACCCCAAGACAGAAGUCAAUGGAUUAAAACCACUUCAGACUUAAGAACUUCUUACAAUAAGAUCAAAGAAAUUCACAUUACAAACCCUCGGAAAGCGGGACAGCAAGAUCUGAUAAUCAACAACCCACUGUCUCAGGAUGAGGGGAGUCUUUGGAAUAAAUUUUUCCAGGAUAAAGAGCUUCGAGCAAUGAUUGAACAAGAUGUGACGAGAACCUUUCCUGAAAUGCAGUAUUUCCAGCAAGAGAAUGUGAGGAAAAUUCUUACAGAUGUUCUGUUCUGCUAUGCCAGAGAAAAUGAACAGUUGCUUUAUAAGCAGGGUAUGCAUGAACUUUUAGCUCCCAUUGUCUUUAUCCUGCAUUGUGACCAUCAAGCUUUUUCACAUGCCAGUGAAGCUGCACAACCAAGCGAGGAAAUGAAAGUUCUUUUGAAUCCUGAAUAUCUGGAACACGAUGCCUAUGCAAUGUUCACACGUCUUAUGAAAACUGCAGAACAUUGGUUUUCAACUUUUGAACAUGACAGUCAGAAGGAAAAAGAUGUGAUGAUUACACCUACACCAUUUGCAAGGCCACAGGACUUAGGACCAUCUAUUGCUAUUGUAGCAAAAGUAAACCAAAUUCAGGAUCAUCUGCUGAAGAAACAUGAUAUUGAGCUGUACAUGCAUCUGAACCGACUGGAAAUUGCUCCACAGAUUUAUGGGCUGCGAUGGGUAAGGCUCCUGUUUGGACGUGAAUUCCCCCUUCAGGACCUUCUGGUUGUCUGGGAUGCUCUAUUUGCCGACAGUAUCACCCUGAAUUUAGUUGACUACAUUUUUGUAGCCAUGUUGUUAUAUAUUAGAGAUGCUUUGAUUUCAAGUAAUUAUCAGACCUGUUUGGGACUUCUGAUGCAUUAUCCACCUAUUGGAGAUGUUCACUCCCUUAUCCUAAGAGCACUUUUUCUCCGAGAUCCAAAGAGAAAUCCAAGACCAGUGACUCAUCAAUUCCAACAAAAUCUAGAUUAUUACAAAGCACGUGGAGCGGACUUGAUGAGCAAAACCCGUGCCAGUGCUAAGGCUGCCCCACUGAACAUUAACAAAGUCUCCAACAGUCUACUGAAUUUCGGCCGAAAGCUCAUUGCUCCAGCUAUGACUUCAGGUGGGGCUGUGGGUGCUCCUGCCGGCGGGAGCAGCUUCCCCCCCUCUGCAAUGCCUAUCAGAAGCACAGUGGAAGCUCCUCAGCAUCAUCACCACCACCAGCACCAUCACCACCAGGCACAGCAGCAGAGGAUGAUGAAGUCCGAAAGCAUGCCAGUUCAGCUGGGUAAAGCAGGCGAGGCAGAGGCAGAUGCUGGGCUGCCGGGCCCUGCGCAGCAUCCCCCUGCCCUCCCAGGCCAAAGUUCAAAAAACAUCAGUUCAUCUCCAAGCAUAGAGAGCUUGUCUGGAGGACGUGAAUUUACAGGAUCUCCACCUUUGUCUGCAUCAAAAAAGGAUUCCUUUUUCAAUACAAUCUCCCGCUCCCGUUCCCAAAGCAAAACUAUGAGCAGAAAAGAAUCGAGGACAUGCUCCACGAUUUUUCCAAGGACUAAGGAGGAGGAAUUGGAGGCCCAGAUUUCAUUCCUACAAGGACAACUAAACGACUUGGAAGCCAUGUGCAAAUACUGUGCAAAGAUGAUGAACACACAUCUUGGAAAUAUUCAGGAAGUCAUAUUACAAGAACGCUUGGAAAAAGAAGAUGAAAUUCUGGUUUCCUUGGCUGGUUUGAAGCAGAUCAAGGAUAUCCUGAAAGGUUCAUUGCGUUUCAACCAGAGUCAGUUGGAAGCUGAAGAAAAUGAUCAAAUCACCAUAGCAGAUGAUCACUACUGUUCCAACAGUCAGAACAAGGGGACAGGUGAUGCCCUAAAGGGACCUGUUAUGACAAAGCAAGAGUUCAUCUCAGAACAACAGACUACGACUGAUUCAAGCACUAGUGAAAGCAAGACUGCUGAUGACUAUAUUAUGGUUUCCAAAGAAGAGGAAGGAAGUAGAAGUACUGUCCCAGAGCCAGCACAAUCCCUUCAGGCACACAAGGAGGCAGUGGUGAAGCCAGAAGCUCCUUCUCGUUCUUUGAUAUUCUCUGAUCCACUGAUGGGGUCCAUUUCAGCCUCCUCCAGCAACCUGAGCUCCAGCCCUGAUGAUGACAGUAGUAAUAACAGCAAAGAUUCUGAUUUCGCUAUUGUCAGCCCACUGGACAUCUAAAGAAACAGGUUGGAGGAGUUUGCAAGAUUAAUUGUUACAAAUCAACGCAGAAUCCUGUGAUUGCAUGGGCUCGAUAAUUCUUUGGAUUAGAAGGACAGAAAAUAGAUAAAGGGAACCCAUUCAGCUGCCAAAAGCCUAAAUUUAAAAAAAAAAAACAAACAAACAAA